AUGACGAGCUUUGAGGAGCAAGAUGGGGACAAUCCCUUUGGCAUACCCAUCAACGUUGAAUGCAAGGCUCUGAUACAGCAGAUUCGUAAAGAAAAGGCGAAUCUGGUCCAACUGGAAAACAAACUCGAGAGCCAAAAUGAUCGACGGCAGUUAAUGGAUGAGUGCAUCAAAAAUUCUGAAGAACAGCAGAGGAACACCGGGGCUCUGUGUAAGGCCAUUAAAAGAGAGGAAGAGUCUCAGAAACACCUCAAGGCCAUCGCAGAGAGGAAGGCAGGUGGCAUAUCACAGGAGACGAACAAGAUAAAGAAUGACAUUCAAUCUUUUGCAGAGACGAGAAAAGGGCUAGAGAAUCGAACGUUUGUGGGGAAACAGAAGCUAGAGUAUUUUUGGAAGCUGCUGAACAGGGAGCAUGAGACCAUGGAGGAGUUUUUGGAGAAGUCAAAGCGUAAACAUGACGACACGAUGGCCAUCAUCAAGUACUCGGAGCAAGAUGAGCAGAGGAUCAAGUCUCUCACCCUGGCGAUAGACAAGAAGGCCCUGGAAGCCAGUGAAAAGCACAAAGCAAAUGACAAGGAGAUGACUGAGACAAUAUCUACACAGCUUGCUUUGGAUACGACCACGGAGCAUUUUCAGCAGACCCACCUAGAGACACAGUGGCUCAUCCAGCUGUGGGAAAAGACUGUCAAGCAGAUGAAUCACCGUGAUGCUGAGAUUAACCAGUGUGCACUGCAACUUGCCAAAGCGCAGCAGAGCAAAAGGGAAAGCAAUGCCAGCAUUACAGGGAUGAAGCACCUGUUGGAUGAUCAGACGCGCAACAACCAGGAAAUUGAGAGGAAGAUGCUUGGAGCCCAACAACAGGCAGUAAAGCUGCAACAGGAGUUCAAGGACCAGGAGAAUAACUGCAGUACGGUGCAAGAUGAGCUAAACAGUUGCAAGGGCGCACAAGACAAAUUAAACUCCUGUGUCAAGUCUGCAAUGACCAACAUAUCCAGAAUGAAGAAAGACAUCCAGGAUAAAGACAAAAAACUCAAUGAGGGCAGGGCGUACAACACUGCGCUGGAGGAGAAGCUUAAAGAAGUUAUUCAGAUUGCCCUGAGUGAGGAGGAGAGAGCUGCUCAGAUGGACCAGUUUCUCAGGGAUGAGGACGAGGAAAUCAAGGAGCGGGAUUUACAGCUGCUUGAAAGCAGACAUGAGCUGCUCCGUUGCAAAGCUCAUUUGAAGGCUCUAAAGACAAAGGAAAAGGAUACUGUCGCCCAUGUUGCCAGGACCAAAGCCUCCAGGCUACUGAAAAACCAGCUGAAAGAUCAGGAUAAUGCCUUAGCAAGACAGCGAGUGAUCUUUUCUGAGCAGGACUCCAAGAUCAUCAACCUGGAUAGAAAACUGGCACGGCUGCAGGGAGACUCUAACCUUGAUGAAACACAAGCAUUUACAAUAAAGAUCGCUGAGCUGACCAAAGCCUUCGAGGAGAAGAAGUCAGCCAACACGCUAACCAACGUGCUGAAGGAGUCUGAGGACGAUAUUCGCACAUUGAAGAAAGAAAUGGAAAAGUCCGAAGCUCAAAAGAAAGAUGUGACUGAGAAGAUAGUGGAGCUCAACAUUCGCUGUAUUACCAGUGAGAAGGAGCUGAAGACUUUCCGGCUCAGGAAACAGGAAGACAAGGUGGAGCUUAACAUCUUGAAGGUAGAGGUAAAGCGCAUUAGAGAUCUGAUGUACAACAAGACGGACACUGUGCUGUCGUUGGAGAGGAGGAAGCUGGGGCUGCAGAAAGCCUUAAAGGAGAGGGAGGCUGAGAUCAAGGUCUACAGAGAGAUGCUCGGCCAGAUGCUCAAGACCAGUGAGAAGGAGAGACAGAGACUGAGUACUGAACUCAAUGAGAAGCUGUCCAAGAUCGAAAAGCUGACCGAUCAUUUUGAAACCAAAACACUUUUGAUGGCAGCUCCUGAGGAAGACGUGGAGAAGUGGCUGGUUUACUGUAUCAUAAAGGCUUCACAAGAGAAGGAGGAGCUCAAACGAAAGGGAGAUGCUCUGGAAGCUGAAAUGCGCAAGAUCAAGCAGGAGAACAGAGCUCUGGAGAACAACAACAAUUUGUUCAUCAACAGUAUAUCAGCAUAUGACAAAUUCCUCAAAAUAAAAAGUGAAUCAGGUCCAGAAUACCAGGAAAAACUGAAGUUAGUGGAAGAGUUAGGGGCGGCUGAGGAUGCAUUAAAUGUCAAGAAGAGACACAUCAAGGAGCUGCAACAGGGCCUUGAGGACAAGAACAAUGCCUUUGAUAGUCUGCUGCAAGAGGAGGAGGAUGUGAGCAAUGUGAUGAGGGACCAACGAUCAAUCAUCAACAAACAGACGAAAGAAGUCACUUCCCAGAAGGAGAAAAUUAACAGAGCAACAAAAAAGUGCUCCAAACUGACAAAACAGAUCCGCUCAGCGGAAAAUACCAAAAAUGAGACUUUGGAAGAAAUGGACAUUAAACUGAAGGAGUUCAAAGAUUUCAACAAGAGCUUUGAUCAAAUGCUGAGAGAGGUCGUGGGGAUCAAGCCUGAUCUCAGACCAGUGCUGGAGGAAAACUUUCUGCAGGCCAAUCUCUCUUUUCCAGCUGCUUCAGACGGUCCCAACGGCCGCUACAGAUCCAAGACAAACUUGUUCAGCAGCUCUCUCAGGUUUCCAACCUCGACUCUUCCCCGCCGACAAGAAGACAACCAGAACAACACCAAGCUCCACCAGAAGCAGAUGUUCCACAGGCAGGAGCCCAGGCUCCAAAACAACAACCUUUUCCAGCUAAUAACGUUCCAGACCCGCAACUCCUCUCUUCACCUCGCACCAGACAAGCAGGCAAUAUGGACUGGGACAAGAUCCGGCCCGUAUCGCGAAUUGUUGAAGUGA